AGAGGAGGGAAGUAGUGAUGAAGAGGGAGGAGAUUGAGUGGGUUUGGUCCCUUUUUUUCUGCGUACACUCACAUGAGCUUUCUGAACUUGGAAAAUAAAGCGUGUAAAGGAGUGCAGCACACAGAAGGAGAAGAAACACAGACACACACACACACACACACCAGCGUAACUACAAGGCAUCAUGUUGAUCCUCCUUGGUGGUAUUUUUCUUCUGCACGUAGCUACAGUCGUCCUCCUGCUCGCUGCCACCAUUGAGAAUGCCUGGUGGACUACCGGCUUCAUGCACACAGAUAUUUGGGGUAGUUGGGUUUGGAAUAAUCUAACUGGUCAGUGGAACUAUACAGCGCUUCCAAACACAUAUCAAGCAGAUUACCUCCAGGCUGUGCAGGCAUGCUCAAUAUUAGCGUGUGUGUUCUCGGGGAUUGGUUUGUUCGUGUUUCUCGCUCAGCUCUUCACACUUCCCAAAGGAAAACGCUUCAUCUUGUCUGGAGUGUUCCAGCUGCUUGCUUGUCUGUUUAUUAUGAUCGCUGCCGCGAUCUACGCUGAUAUUUUCCACAAGAAAGAAAUUGGAUGGUACGGUCCGAGUUUUAUCAUUGCCUGGGUCGCCUUCGCUCUCAGCUUCAUCUCCUGCGUCAUAUACUUCGUCCUGCGCAAGAAAACAACCUGAGGAACUCACAUACUCCUACACACUCCUACAGACACACACACAUGGUCAGGUUUGUUUGUGUCACUGUAGAAGAAGAAGAUAAUUCACAUGAUUAAUACGUAAAGUGGAAAAUGGUGUGUGAGUGUGUGUGUGUGUGUGUGUGUGUGUGUGUGUGUGCGUGCGUGUGUGUGUGUGUGUGUUCGUGUGUGUGUGUGUGUGUGUGUGUGUGUGUGUGUGUGUGUGUGUGUGUGUGUGUGUGUGUGUGUAAAAUGCUGAAUACAUGAAAUAAAUCUGUUACAUUUGUGAGAGAAAUCCAUAGACUUUACAAAUUGACACUUAUUGUAACGCCACUUAUAUAAUGUUAGAAGUUUUUAUUUUCUGGGUGAAUAUAAAUUUGUUCCAAUGAAUUACAGAUAACUGAAAUUAAAUAUAAUUGUUUAUUAGUUGCAAAUAUUCCAAUCUUGCAUACCAUUUAUUUGCAUAAAAUCUGUAAAUAUGGUGUUGAUUAUUUCUCGUAUGCUUUUAAUCUGUUUACACACUUUUACUGCACGGCUUUGAGAGAUGCUCGAUUCUGAUUGGUCCGUGGAGGUACAAGUGUGUUUGCGUUUCUACACACUUAUUUUACGUACUUUAUUUUUCAUCACGCACGAUUUUAAUAAAAUAAGCAAAUACUUUUCUCUAAAAGUCAGUGGAGUCAUUCAGUGUGUAAACGGUUGUGAAGAGAGCACAGCGAGAACAAUCAGUCUUUAUUUGUUUUGUUUUUUGUUACAUGUUUUUUGUGCAGUGUGUAUUAAAGUUUAAUCCCAAAUUA